GUCGCCGUCCGCGGCGCGCGGUCGUGGCCCGCGACGAGGACGCGCGCCGGCGCCGUCGUCGUCGUCGUCGAAACACGCCACCGCCGCAUGCGUCGGGGCGCGCCGGGACUCCUCCGUCGCGUCCUCGCGUCGCCGCCGCCGUCGCCGCGGUGCGCCGCCGCGUCCUCCUCCGUCGUCGCGCGCGGGAUCCGGUUCAACAUGUCCGGCCUCGGCGGCGGCGCCGCGCCGUCGGGCCCCGGCGUCGACGGACCCUCGGUGCUCACGCUCGGCGACCGCGCGGAUCACUCGUGGGUGUGGCAGCUCCGCGAGGACCCGGACGCGCCGAAGCACGACCCGAACAAGAGCUCGCGGCAGGUCUUCAGCGGUCACUACGUCCGCGUCGCGCCGACGCCGCUGCGAAAGCCGCGCCUCGCGCUGGUAUCGCCGGACAUGCUCGAGGAGCUGGGCAUCGACGAAGAGGACGCCAAGUCUGAGACGUUCGCGCGUUUCUUCGGCGGCGACGCCGCGGCGGUGCCGGGGAUGGAGUCGUGGGCGACGCCGUACGCGCUCGCGAUCAUGGGGCAGCGGCAGUCGUCGAACUGCCCGUUCGGGACGGGGAACGGCUACGGCGACGGGCGCGCGGUGAGCGUCGGGGAGAUCGUCAACGAGAAGACGGGGACGCGGUGGGAGAUGCAGCUCAAGGGGGGCGGGACGACGCCGUUUUGCCGCGGCGGCGACGGCCGCGCGGUGCUACGUUCGUCCGUUCGAGAGUUCCUCGCGUCCGAAGCGAUGCACGCGCUCGGGGUGAGCACGACGCGCGCGCUGUCGCUCGUCGUGAGCGACGGCGGGGACACGGUCCGUCGGCCGUGGUACAACCCGAAGAGCGACAAGAAGGGCGGGAUGUUCGCGGGCAUGCUCACCGAGGACGAUCCGCGGCUGGCGAAGUUCCCGCCCGCGACGCGGCGACAGAUUGUGCGACAGAUGAACGGCCAGGCGAAGAAACGCGACCCGGACGUCAUGAUCGAAGAGAGCUGCGCGAUCACGACGCGCGUCGCGCCUUCGUUCACGCGCGUCGGGCACGUCGACUUGUUCGCGCGGCGCGCGAUCAGGGCGGGGAAGAACAGCGACGCGCACGCGGAGCUCGAGAUGAUCGUGAGGCACGCCAUCUUUCGAGAGUUCCCGGAGGUGUGGAAGUCGAUCGUUACACUGGUCCCCAUACGACCGCGUUCGCGUGGUGCACGCCGAUCCUUAAGGACUUUGCCCGGCGCAUCUCUCCGCCCACCCCUCGCUUUCAAUCCCCGUCCUCGGCGCCUUUCAACUCCACCUGACGCCUUUCAACUCCACCAGGUGUGGAAGACGAUCGAGGACGCGCCGGGCGUGCCGCCCGAGGCUGCCGCGGCGUUCCUCCGCGCGUCCGCGCGGGCCCUCGCGACGAUGGUCGCCGGGUGGCUCCGCGUGGGGUUCUGCCAGGGGAACUUCAACGCGGACAAUUGCCUCGUCGGCGGGAGAACGAUGGACUACGGCCCGUUCGGGUUCGACUUUCUCUCCCGGCGUUCGUUUCACUCCACCCACCACCCACCCCUCGGUUUCGACCCCGACGCACACACCUCGACGCCUUUCAACCCCAUAUCUGACGCCUUCAACUCCACCCCGACGUUCGUCGCUUUGAACGGGACCGUCGACCCGAAGUACGACCCGCUCUUCGCGAAGUGGACGGGCUCGGGCGAGCACUUCGCGUUCGCGAAUCAGCCCGCCGCGGGCCUCGCCAACUUCGCCGUCCUCGCCUCGAGCGUCGCGCCGCUGCUGCGGGACGGGGACGAAGAGGCGAACGCGCUCGUCGCGGAGGCGCGGCUCUAUUUCGACGAAGCGGUGUCCGACGUCCGACGCGCCAAGCUCGGCUUCUCCGAGGAUUACGACGCCGAGACCGCGAGCGAUAUGUACGAGGAGACGUUAGAGCCGCUGAUGGCGGAGAGCGAGGUAGAUUAUAUCGUCCUGUUCCGUAACCUGUCCGGGGUUGUGAAACUGUCGGACGAGGAUGUGUCGGACGACGCGAAGGUCAUGGCGCCGACGUCGGACGCAUUUUACGCCGCGCCGGACGAAGAGCAAGCGAAGCGGUGGCGCGCGUUCCUGCGCGCGUGGCGGUCAGCGGUGCUGGCGGACGCGGAGAGUAACGGCGGCGUCGACGGCGUCGUCGAACGCCUGCGCGCGGCGAACCCGAAGUACGUCCUGCGAGAGUGGAUGCUCGUGGAAGCCUACGACGCGGCGAAGCGGUCGAACGACUUCGGCGUCGCUCAGGCGCGUUCUAUGUAUCUCACGCUGGUCCCCAUACGACCCCGUCCGCGUGGUGAACGCCGAUCCUUAAGUACUUUUGCCGACCUCUUCGACGCGACGCGGCGUCCGUACGACGAGGGCACGGACGCGCACUCGAAGCGGUGGUUUCGUCGCGCGCCGGACGCGGCGCUCGAGGCUGGCGGGACCGCGUUCAUGUCCUGAUCCUCGUAGAGACCGCCGCGAGCGCCGCGACGGUUGAUGAAGGACGGAAGGAGUACGGAGGUAUACGCGGUAUACCGUAAAAACUAAAAAAGGGCGAGGACGCCGCGAGCGCGGGGGCUCGGGCGCUCCCUCCGUCGCGAGGGAGCGCCGACGCGCCCGACGGCCGCGAAGCGAGAGGUGACGCCGCGCGACGAUAGUUCGAAGGACACUCGAACGUCGCGUCGGCUGAUGAUCGCUCGAGGCGUCGGGACGCGUUCCGCCGCGCGUCGCGACUCGCGCUCGCAGAGUAUUUUGAGUUGUGAUGACGGCGUGCCAAUUUUUAUUUUCGGCACGAAAGCGAAAACCAAAAGUUAC